AUGAAGGCUCUAUUUGCUGCUUCGAUAGCCGGGUUGCCUACUCUCUUGCUCCUGGUGCCUACAGCAUAUGGACUGGAUCAUUAUAGAUGUGAAAGUAAACAAUUAUUCGACUAUUCAGUUAUUUGUGGUUACGCAGAACAAGCUUCCUUCAGCCAAAUUCAAGGCGGAGACCCUUUUUUUGUUAGUGGAAAUACCUACGGUGCAUAUCGAUUUACAAGUCAUCUACCAGAUGGAACUCCAAAAAAUUACUUAAUUCAGACUGUUAGUGUGGAGCCAUACCGACGAUUGUUUGAAUAUAAUGACGGCAAAUGGAAAUUAUGUAAUCUGAUUUAA